CAUCCUCCUGCCUCAGUCUCCUGGGUUGCUGGGACGGCAGGAGUUAUAUUCCAUGGAUUUGUAUGGUAAAUGAUCUUGGCGCAGAGGAGAAUUAAAGAAUGAUGGCUUCAUUCCAGCGCUCCAACAGUCAUGACAAAGUAAGAAGAAUAGUUGCAGAGGAGGGUCGUACAGCAAGAAACCUAAUAGCCUGGAGUGUUCCACUAGAAAGCAAAGAUGAUGAUGGAAAAUCUAAGUGUCAAACUGGUGGAAAACCUAAGAGGACAAUUCAAGGCACUCAUAAAACUACUAAACAGAGUACUGCAGUAGACUGUAAAAUAACAUCAUCUACAACUGGAGAUAAACACUUUGAUAAAAGUCCCACUAAAACAAGGCACCCUCGGAAAAUUGAUCUAAGAGCUCGAUACUGGGCAUUUCUUUUUGACAAUCUUCGCCGGGCAGUAGAUGAAAUCUAUGUUACUUGUGAAUCAGAUCAGAGUGUGGUGGAAUGUAAGGAGGUGCUAAUGAUGUUGGAUAACUAUGUGAGAGAUUUCAAAGCAUUGAUUGACUGGAUUCAACUUCAGGAAAAGCUAGAGAAGACAGAUGCUCAAAGCAGGCCAACAUCAUUGGCAUGGGAAGUAAAGAAGAUGUCUCCAGGACGUCAUGUGAUUCCAAGCCCAUCAACAGAUAGAAUAAGUGUAACAUCAAAUGCUCGCCGAAGCUUAAAUUUUGGAGGUUCACCUGGCACAGUGGCUGCUCCCCGACAGGCUCCCACAGGUGUCAGUUGGGCUGACAAGGUAAAAGCUCAUCAUACAGGCUCUACUGCUUCUUCAGAUGUGGCACCUGCCCAGUUUUGCCCACCGAUGACAGUGCAGAAGCCUUCCCGUAAAAAUGAACGCAAAGAUGCUGAAGGAUGGGAGACUGUUCAGAGAGGAAGGCCUGUUCGUUCUCGAUCAACAGCAGUGAUGCCAAAAAUUUCAUUAGCAACAGAAGCUUUAAGGUCAAAAGAUGACAGUGAUAAAGAAAAUGUGUGUCUUUUACCUGAUGAAAGCACACAGAAAGGUGAAUUUGUUGGAGAUGGACCUUUUAAUACUAUAGAAUCUCGUCCCAAGGACGCAUUACACUCUUGUGAGCAUCCUCUUACUGAAAGAACCCAGUUCACAGUGAGCAUAUUGGAUGAUGUCAAGAAUUCUGCCAGUAGUCAAGACAGUUGUGUGUGUACUUCUGAAAUACCUGCUGUUCACAUAGAUGCAGAGUGUGUUUCAAUUACUCAGCAAGCUGACACUCCUUCUUUGAAAAGAAAUGAAGACAAAUCUCCAGCAGAGAAACCAAGGAUAGAAAAUGAAAUGGACCCUUCAGAUAUUUCAAAUGUGAGUGCUGCUAACUUGUCCAUGGCAGAAGUCCUUGCUAAAAAAGAAGAGCUAGCAGAUCGUCUGGAAAAGGCCAAUGAAGAAGCCAUUGCUAGUGCUAUUGCUGAAGAAGAACAGUUAACUAGAGAAAUUGAAGCUGAAGAAAACAAUGAUAUUAACAUUGAAACUGACAACGACAGUGAUUUUUCUGCCAGCAUGGGCAGUGGCAGUAUAUCCUUCUGUGGUAUGUCAAUGGACUGGAAUGAUGUCCUUGCAGAUUAUGAAGCUCGCGAAUCCUGGCGUCAAAAUACAUCCUGGGGGGAUAUUGUAGAAGAGGAACCUGCUAGACCUCCAGGCCAUGGAAUUCACAUGCAUGAAAAACUCUCUUCACCAUCUCGUAAAAGAACAAUUGCAGAAUCUAAGAAGAAACAUGAAGAAAAGCAAAUGAAAGCACAGCAGCUAAGGGAAAAAUUACGUGAAGAGAAAACAUUAAAGCUUCAGAAAUUAUUAGAAAGAGAGAAGGAUGUCCGGAAAUGGAAGGAAGAAUUACUAGAUCAACGACGUAGGAUGAUGGAAGAGAAAUUACUUCAUGCUGAGUUUAAACGAGAGGUACAAUUACAAGCAAUUGUGAAAAAAGCACAAGAGGAAGAAGCUAAGGUAAAUGAAAUUGCCUUUAUAAAUACCCUUGAAGCCCAGAAUAAACGUCAUGAUGUUUUAUCAAAAUUGAAAGAGUAUGAGCAGAGGCUUAAUGAGCUGCAGGAAGAGCGUCAGAGAAGACAGGAAGAAAAGCAAGCUCGUGAUGAAGCUGUGCAGGAACGCAAGAGAGUUCUAGAGGCAGAGCGGCAGGCCCGUGUAGAAGAAUUAUUGAUGAAGAGGAAAGAACAGGAAGCCCGAAUUGAACAACAGAGACAAGAAAAAGAAAGGGCCCGUGAGGAUGCAGCCCGAGAAAGAGCUAGAGACAGGGAAGAACGAUUGGCAGCACUCACAGCUGCUCAACAAGAAGCUAUGGAAGAGCUACAGAAAAAAAUUCAGCUCAAGCAUGAUGAAAGUAUCCGAAGGCACAUGGAACAGAUUGAACAAAGAAAAGAAAAAGCCGCUGAAUUAAGCAGUGGGCGACAUGCAAAUACUGAUUAUGCCCCCAAACUGACCCCUUAUGAAAGAAAAAAACAGUGUUCUCUCUGCAAUGUCCUGAUCUCUUCAGAGGUGUAUCUUUUUAGCCACAUUAAGGGGAAGAAACACCAGCAAGCUGUGAGGGAGAAUAGCAGUAUCCAAGGGCGGGAACUUUCAGAUGAAGAAGUGGAGCAUCUUUCUUUGAAGAAGUAUAUUAUUGACAUUGUGGUUGAAAGUGCAGCACCAUCAGAGCCUUUGAAAGAUGGAGAAGAGCGGCAAAAAAAUAAAAAAAAAGCCAAAAAGAUAAAAGCCCGGAUGAAUUCCAG